UUUAAACCUCUCAACAUAAUUUGAUAGAAGCAUGUACCAUAAACAGGCAUUUCAAAAGUAUCUGUCGAGGCACAGAAGUUGGAAAAUGAAAAUCUUACACGUAAAACUAAAAGCGCAGUUGAUUCAAUAUUUAAAAGCGAGUCUUGCGUGGAAAAGUAAAUGCGAGAAUUCUGAAGUCCUGGAAUCUUGAAUGAACAGGUUUUCUUUUGCUUUCCUAAAUUUGAUGACUUGAUGCUUUCCCCUUCACUUUUUUUCUUUGGGUAGUUGAUACCUUUCAAUUUUUUUGAGCACGGAGUCACCGACAGUGAGAGUAGCGAUGGAGGAGAAGGAUAUGGAUUAUGUUCUGGUGCCUUUGGGUUUAGGGAUUAUGAUCCUCUACCAUAUUUGGCUCGUUUACACCGUUUUAACAAACCCCAGACGAACAGUGAUUGGCCUGAACGCCGAGAGCCGACAUCAAUGGGUCUUCUCUAUGAUGGCUGAUCCACUGAAGAAUGGUGUAUUAGCAGUUCAAACAAUUCGCAACAAUAUAAUGGCAUCGACUCUUCUGGCCACAACUGCGAUCACUCUCAGUUCCAUAAUCAGCGUAUUUGUGAGCAGCACUUCAAACACAAACUCAAAUCAGUUAAUCUACGGCAAUAAAACAUCCCUUUUAUCUUCAGUCAAGUAUUUUUCCAUCCUGCUAUGCUUUCUCGUGGCUUUUCUUUGCAAUGUCCAGUCUAUCAGAUACUAUGCUCAUGUUAGCUUCUUGGCUACUGUUCCCACCUUCAUAAACAGAACAGAACCUAUAAACUAUGUUGCUAGAAACUUGAAUCGUGGAAGCCUGUUUUGGUCUAUUGGAUUGAGAGCAUUUUACUUCUCCUUCCCUCUCUUCUUGUGGAUCUUUGGCCCUAUACCCAUGUUUGUGUGUUGCUGCAUCAUGUCGUUUGUGCUUUAUUUCUUGGAUACCACCACUAGUUUUACUAGAAACCUUCAUAGUUAUUCUAUUAGAGAGAACACAGAACCCAAUGAAAAUGAGCAGCAACUGGAAGCUUAAUUCAAAAUCUUGUAAAGUUAUGUGUUAAUAAUUAUUGUUGUUGAAGUGAUAA